AUGUAUGGAAGUGCAAGAACAAUCAGUAACCUGGAAGGCAGUCCUGCCAGAUCUCCACGUUUGCCACGAUCGCCUCGUCUGGGCCAUCGGCGAACAAGUAGUGGAGGAGGUGGAGGGACAGGUAAGACUUUAUCAAUGGAGAACAUUCAGUCACUUAAUGCUGCCUAUGCAACAUCUGGACCAAUGUAUCUGAGUGACCAUGAAGGUGUGGCAUCUACUACUUUUCCAAAGGGCACAAUGACUCUUGGAAGGGCUACUAAUCGAGCUGUAUAUGGUGGACGAGUUACAGCAAUGGGGAGCAGCCCUAAUAUUGCUUCUGCUGGCCUUUCCCAUUCAGAUCUCCUUUCUUAUACUGAUCAGCAUGGAGGGUUGACCACCUCCUCACAUCAUCAUCAUCAUCAUCAUCAAAUUCCUUCCAUGCUGAGGCAAGUAAGAGACAGCACCAUGCUAGAUUUACAGGCUCAACUGAAGGAGUUACAAAGAGAAAAUGAACUUCUAAGGAAAGAGCUAGACAUCAAGGAUAGCAAGCUUGGAUCUUCCAUGAAUAGCAUCAAGACCUUCUGGAGUCCAGAGCUUAAAAAAGAAAGAGUCUUGCGCAAAGAGGAAGCAGCCAGAAUGUCUGUUUUGAAAGAACAAAUGAGGGUUUCUCAUGAGGAGAAUCAGGUUUUGGAUGCCAGGAAAACAAAGCAUCUUCAGCUAACAAUUCAGGCACUCCAAGAUGAACUUCGAACCCAGAGAGACCUUAACCAUCUCCUUCAGCAAGAAAGUGGUAACCGAGGUGCUGAGCAUUUUACUAUUGAACUGACAGAGGAGAAUUUCCGAAGACUUCAAGCUGAGCAUGACAGACAGGCAAAAGAGUUGUUUCUCUUGAGAAAAACCUUGGAAGAAAUGGAGCUGAGAAUAGAAACCCAGAAACAGACGCUGAAUGCCAGAGAUGAAUCCAUCAAGAAGCUUCUAGAAAUGUUGCAAAGCAAAGGGCUGCCAUCCAAAGGGAUGGAUGAUGAAAACGAAAGAACUCGAAGGAUGGCAGAAGCGGAAUCUCAGGUUAAUCAUUUAGAAGUGAUCUUAGACCAGAAAGAGAAGGAAAACAUCCAUCUUAGAGAGGAACUGCACCGAAGGACACAACUUCAGCCUGAGCCAGCAAAGACAAAAGCUCUUCAAACAGUCAUAGAGAUGAAGAGACAACCAUCUUUAUAUAUUGAUCCUGCUGUGGUAUUUCAGGACACAAAAAUAGCUUCCCUGGAACGCAAUAUCAGAGAUCUCGAAGAUGAAAUACAGAUGUUGAAGACAAAUGGAAUUCUGAACACGGAAGAUCGAGAAGAAGAGAUCAAACAAAUAGAAGUUUACAAGAGUCAUUCCAAGUUCAUGAAAAAUAAGAUUGACCAAUUGAAGCAGGAGCUUUCAAAGAAAGAAUCAGAACUUCUUGCCUUACAAACUAAGCUUGAAACCCUUAGCAAUCAGAAUUCAGAUUGCAAGCAACAUAUAGAAGUGCUUAAAGAGUCGCUUACUGCCAAAGAACAGAGAGCUGCCAUACUUCAGACAGAGGUUGAUGCCUUGAGAUUACGUUUAGAAGAAAAAGAAAGUUUUCUUAAUAAAAAAACCAAACAACUGCAAGACCUCACAGAAGAAAAAGGAACUCUAGCUGGAGAAAUUCGAGAUAUGAAGGACAUGUUAGAAGUUAAAGAAAGAAAAAUUAAUGUUUUACAGAAAAAGGUAGAAGUUCUCCAAGAGGAACUAAGGGAGACUAAAGAGGAAUUUGCUACAAUG